GAGGCAACAGAGGCUUCAGUCCGUAUCAACUCACUCGGCGGAGGGGGAAGUCUUUGCCCCUUUUCCUCGUAAUACGCGAACUGCUAACAUCCGUGAGAAGAGCGCAGUGCUGUCGCGGAUAUCCAAGCGAUACUACAACCGCUGCGCCCUCGCAUCAAAACCAAAAACCAAAUCCACGAGGAAAGUUUUUGCAGUUGACGAGUUGUGCGGCAAAUGAUGCUCAGCCUAGCGCGGAGACUGACCUUCGGCCCAGGCGUUUGCAGGGUUAGCGCUGCCCUGUGGUCUUCGUCGGCCGCUACGCCGUCGGAGCGCUUCAACGUCGCCGUCAAGAAUCUCGACAAGUUGCCCGAGGAGCCUUCGAACGACGUCAAGCUCAAGCUGUACGCGCUGUACAAGCAGGCCACAGUGGGCAAAUGCAACAUAUCCAAGCCAGGUGUGUUUGAUCUGGUCAACAAGGCUAAGUGGGACGCCUGGAACACCCUCGGCGACAUGCCUAAGGAAAAGGCGCAAGACGAGUAUGCCGCGCUCGUCGACAAGCUCGGUGGUAGUGCCAUCAGCGCCAGCUCCCCGAACGCUACCGAGUCCGCGCAGUCGCCGUCUGUUGCCACGGGUGGGGACCUCGUGUCGAGCGUCGAGGACAAGGGCUUUGUGAUCCGCUUCAACCGGCCCACCAAAAAGAACUCCAUCACCCUCGAGAUGUAUGAUACGAUGGUCGGCUACCUCAAGGAGGCGACCGAGCGAGACGACGUCCACUAUCUGGUGCUCACUGGCACAGGCGACUUCUUCUCGAGCGGCAACGACUUGGGCAACUUCAUGAACCGGCUCAAGACAGGUCUGCCACCCGACGUGCUCGCCAAGGAUGCGGCUGAGCUUGUGCGUCGGUAUGUCGCUGCUUUUAUAAAUUUCCCCAAGCCGGCUGUGGCUCUGGUCAACGGCCCUUCCAUAGGAGUUUCCUGCACAGUGCUAGGCCUCUUCGACUUCAUUUAUGCCUCGGACAAGGCUUUCUUUCACACACCGUUCACAUUGCUCGGGCUGAACCCCGAAGGCUGUUCCUCCUACACAUUCCCAAGGGCCAUGGGUGUGGCACGGGCCAACCGGGUGCUGAUGCUCAACGAGCAACUCAGCGCACAGGAGGCCAAGUCAUGCGGAUUUAUCACCGAUGUGUUUCCGCACGCCACGUUCCACGAGGAGGCCAAGAAGAGGCUUCAGCAGCUUGCCAAGCUUCCACCCAAGUCUCUGCAGUAUUCAAAGGCGCUAGUUCGUGCUCCUGUCUGGGCUGACCUGCACAAGGCCAACGACCAGGAGUGCGAUCGCCUCACGGAGCGCUUCAUCUCGGAGGAGGCAAUGCAGGCCGUCAUGAACUUCUUCAAGGACAAGGGAAAGCUCUGAACCAUACAGCAGCUGCCACAUGCGUGGCCAACUGUGGCCAUUUGACUGUUGGGAUACCUUAAAGCACGGGUUUUCCCACUGCGUUUUACCACAACAGUUCUCUCACUGUGUUACAUGCGAGUUUCGCUCAGCCUUGCGCAAGUCCCAGGGGACUUUUUUCCCGUGUGCCUCGGUCGGCUAGGUGCUGUGGGUCAUAUCAGUUUUUAUAUAACAAGGCCACUGCGUAUCCACCAUUGGGCCGCGGUGAUCUUAUGUUGGACAAUGUUGGUGCAACAUUUGGUGCUACUUAUGUUUUAGAUUGCAUCAGUUUCUAAAAUUCAAUAUUUUCCUGUUUUUCUCUACCCUACAACACUGAGAGCAUGGCUGUCAGUUUUUCGGGGUUCAUUCUGUUUUUUUUUUUUUUUUUUCUGCAAAUGUGCAUUACAUAACAGCAUCUCGAAACAUAAAAAAUACAAUCUGGCAAUAUGUUUUCGCCAGUAUUAACCACAAUUAAUUAAUAACGGAAAAUAAGGAUUUGCUCUGCACUGUGGCUGCGGUACUACUUUUUUUUAGAAAAGAACCCUUCCAUUGUGCAUCACCACAGACAGGCACCUGUGUGUGUGUUUGUAGUUCUCACCUGAUGCCUGAUGUCACCGGCUGAGGAUCUUUUUGCAGGCGUGGCAGUAUGUCAGACUGUCUAUGAGAUUUUCUGGAUGCACUGUGGCAAAAGGCUAAGUUAACUUAUCAAAGACUCAUAAGUGCAAGGGUCAUUAUCUCGCCCAUUAGGAGUUGUGGUCAAUCACAGCGCAAAGUUUGGUGCCUUACAUACCUGUUGCUACGAGCAGAGCAUGGGACUUGCAUAAAUGAUGAAAUUUGUUCGGUCUUACAUAAGUGUUGCGUGCAGGCUCUCACGCGCACAUGAACGUUGUAGUAAUUCCAAUAAAAUCUU